AUGAGACAUCCGGACGGAACACUGAAAACCACACCAAGAGAAAUUUCAGAGGUCUUUCGGGACUUCUACAAAACAUUAUACAACCACACACCGAACAACGGAGAGGUGGUAGAACGGGAGACUGACCACAUACUCAGGUUUUCUACAGAUCUAGGCCUACCACGACUCUCACAGGAGGCAAGAGACCAAUUGGCAGCAGAGAUUACGGAGGAAGAAAUAGAACGAGCUAUCACAGGACUUAAGGGAAAUAAG